UGUGUGUGUGUGUGUGUGUGUGUGUGUGUGUGAGAGAGAGAGAGAAAGAUACUGACAGAGCGCGAACCCAAGCACUGUCCACAGAUCAGAACAUACAAGUUUUGCGCAGUUUCCCCAGUUUUAGACUUUUCUUUGUUAAGUUAUCAUAAGCCGAAAAUGAUGGUUUCACAUAUACUGAAACAUGUAUGGUGGAUGAAAAAUGGACUGAUUCUCUUUUGCACCCCGUUUCUUCUCCUUCCUUUGCCACUUGUCAUUGGAACAAAGGAGGCUGCAUGUGCGUAUGUUGUUGCACUAAUGGCUGUGUACUGGUGUACCGAAGUGCUGCCACUGGCUGUCACUGCUCUCCUGCCAGCUGUACUCUUUCCUCUCUUCAGAAUCAUGGAGUCCAAAGAUGUGUGUAUGCAGUACCUGAAGGAUACCAACAUGCUGUUUCUGGGUGGACUGAUGGUGGCUGUAGCUGUUGAGCAUUGGAACCUACACAAGAGAAUUGCACUCAGAGUGUUGCUCAUUGUAGGCGUACGACCUGCUCUGCUGAUGCUGGGCUUCAUGGGUGUAACAGCCUUCCUCUCCAUGUGGAUCAGUAACACGGCUACAACAGCCAUGAUGGUGCCCAUCGUUCAAGCUGUGCUCGAGCAGCUCAACAACAGAGCAGAACCAGAGCAGGUCUCCACUCCAGAGAUUGAUGCGAAAAACACUGAGAAACAACCUGACACGCAGGUGGCUCUGAAUGGCCACAGCUUCUCAAUGGAAUUUGACAUGGAAGAGCAUUCUCGAAACGCAGAGGAAAGAAUAAAGAUGUGUAAAGGCCUGACAUUAAGCGUGUGCUAUGCAGCUAGCAUUGGUGGGACAGCCACACUCACAGGCACGGGACCAAACCUUGUUCUUAUGGGACAGAUGAGCCAACUGUUCCCAGACAACCCUGACAUCAUAAACUUUGCAUCAUGGUUUGGAUUUGCUUUCCCAAACAUGAUCAUCAUGCUCAUUCUUUCCUGGCUGUGGCUACAGAUUGUGUUCCUGGGUGUAAACUUCAGAAAGACAUGGGGCUGUGGGACGGUGAAGACAGAGAAGGAGAUUGCUGCCUAUAAUGUAAUCAAAGAUGAGCACAGGAGACUUGGUCCCAUGACCUUUGGGGAGCUGAGUGUCCUUGCCCUCUUCAUCCUCCUGGUGGUGCUUUGGUUCACUCGUGAUCCAGGCUUUGUGGAUGGAUGGGCGACACAAUUUUUCAAUGCUGAAAAAGAGUUUGUGACAGAUGCCACAGUGGCGGUGUUUGUAGCUGCCCUGCUCUUUGUCUUUCCCUCUAAACCACCUCGGUUGUGUUACUGGAGAACACAGAGCUCUGACACAGUGCCCCAACAGGAAAGUGGCUAUACUCCAACUUUGCUGACAUGGAAGGUGACACAGCAGAAGAUGCCAUGGAGCAUUAUCCUCCUGCUAGGGGGAGGCUUUGCCCUGGCUAAGGGCAGUGAGGUCUCAGGGCUGUCAAAAUGGCUUGGAGAUCAGAUGUCACCUCUUCAAAGUAUUCCUCCCUGGGCGAUUGCCAUUGUCGUGUGUCUGAUGAUAGCUACCUUCACUGAAUGCACCAGCAAUGUUGCCACAGCAACUUUAUUUCUGCCCAUACUCGCAUCUAUGUCCCAGUCUAUAGGUGUCAAUCCUCUGUAUGUUAUGAUCCCCUGCACCCUCAGUGCAUCUUUUGCCUUCAUGCUACCUGUGGCCACGCCUCCGAAUGCCAUAGUCUUCUCAUAUGGAUACCUGAAAGUAUCUGACAUGGCCAAGACAGGGAUUGUCAUGAAUAUCAUCGGCAUCCUCUCCAUUACCUUGGCCAUUAACAGCUGGGGCAAAGCUAUCUUCAGUUUAGACACCUUUCCCAGCUGGGCAAACACUACAGAAGUGUGAGAGGCUAAAUCCCACCAUCAGUCUGCUGUCAGACUGCACCAUUCAGCACUAUUCUCACCAUGUUUCCAACCGAAGAGGCCAGACAGGGUCAAAGCCAGUGGCUGGUUUCACUGGAGAUGAUAGUGUGUCAUUACUGUGAUUGUGCAGUUCAGUUGUUGUUUAUUGAUGUAAAUUUGUAAACAGUCCAUAAAAAAAUGCUAUAAUAAAGUUGCUUCAAAAGCAGCUUUAGAGAAAUAUAAGUGUAAAGCCAAAAGGCUAAAAUCAGAUAGACACCAUGCAGAUUUAUAAGCACAAAUAUGCAUAUACCUCUAAAAAGUGGACAGCUAUGUACACCUUUGACAGGCAGGGCAGUUUUAACAGAAUAUUGUAAUCAUGUACAGUUCAAGAUUAAUUAAAACUCUUACCAUUGCAAUGUACAAUUAAGCUAUGUAAAUUAAAAUAAUGUAUUUUCUUCCCAUUCCUACUAAUAAAUACACUCUGUUCUUUCACCUAUAGCAUGUAGCCAAUAUUAAAUAAGUACACUUUG